CUCCCGGCCCGCCCGGAACCCGCCCCGCGAUGCCCGCUCCGCAGUGCUCCUCCUGCCACGCGACGCGCGCGGCCCUCCGCCGCCCGCGCUCCGGCCAAGCGCUGUGCGGGCCCUGCUUCUGCACCGCCUUCGAGGCCGAAGUGCUGCACACGGUGCUGGCGGGCCGCCUGCUGCCGCCUGGCGCCGUGGUGGCCGUGGGCGCUUCCGGCGGCAAGGACUCCACGGUGCUGGCGCACGUGCUACGCGAACUAGCGCCGCGCCUGGGCGUCUCGUUGCGCCUGGUGGCGGUGGACGAGGGCAUCGGCGGCUACCGGGACGCGGCGCUGGCGGCCGUGCGGCGCCAGGCCGCGCGCUGGGACCUCCCGCUCACCGUCGUGGCCUACGCAGACCUCUUCGGGGGCUGGACGAUGGACGCUGUGGCCCGCAGCACGGCCGGCACCGGCCGCAGCCGCGCCUGCUGCACCUUCUGCGGGGUGCUGCGGCGCCGCGCGCUGGAGGAAGGGGCGCGCCUCGUGGGAGCCACGCACAUCGUCACGGGCCACAACGCCGACGACGUGGCCGAGACCGUGCUCAUGAACUUCCUGCGGGGCGACGCGGGGCGGCUGGCCCGGGGCGGGGGCCUGGGCUCGCGGGGCGAGGGGGGCGCCCUGCCGCGCUGCCGCCCCCUGCAGCUGGCCUCGCAGAAGGAGGUGGUGCUGUACGCGCACUUCCGCCGCCUCGACUACUUCUCCGAGGAGUGCGUCUACGCGCCCGAGGCCUUCCGCGGCCACGCGCGCGACCUGCUCAAGCUCCUGGAGGCGGCGCGGCCGUCGGCGGCGCUGGACCUGGUGCACUCGGCCGAGCGCCUGGCCCUGGCCCCGGCCGCGCGGCCCCCGCCCCCCGGCGCCUGCUCCCGCUGCGGGGCGCUGGCCAGCCGCGCGCUCUGCCAGGUCUGCGCCCUCCUGGACGGCCUGCAGCGCGGCCGGCCCCGCCUGGCCAUCGGCAAGGGCCGCGGGGGCCGCGACGAGGAGGGGCCGCCAGGGCCGCCGCCCCCGCCGCCCAGCGACCUCCGGUCUGGGCCGGGCCCCGCGGCCGGGGAGUGCGGGGCAGCCUGUAAGGAGCGCUGCGAAUAAACCCCCCUCUGCCCGGAGCUGCGGUGUGAAGUUUAGAGGGGGGUGGACGGGACCAGCCAGAAGCUGAAGCUGGGACCCCUGGGUCUGAGGGAGAAGGGACUGGGACGGGAACUCUUGGAUCUAAAAGAGAACUGAACAACUUCCCAUUCCCAACCAGUGGGAAUUAGGGGGCUGCUUACUUAGUACUCUGCCCAGUUCUGGGCAUGCGCAGGAUAGUCCAAGCCUUCUUGAGCACCUACUGUGUGUCAUGUUUGCCUGUAGGGGGAUUUGACUUGACUUGGCAGGUGGUCUCUGGUCAUUUCCAGUAACCAUGAUGCUUAUCUCUGAGGGCUGUGAGUACUACCACGCCACAAGGUCUCAUUUCAUCCAAACCACACACCAUCUCAUUGGCCUGAGGCCCCCUAACUGCCUGAGGUCACCUAGCUGGAGAAGGACGGAACUGGGGGCUCCCACUCAAAUCCGCACCUGGAGCUCAAGACGGUGGACUUGCUCCCCACCCCCACCUGAAUCUCUCCUGGUGUUUCUGUGUGAUGGGUGAGGAGCAGCUGGGUGGGCCUGGGUCAGUGACCUAACCUCUCUGGUCUUCGGUUUCCUCCUCUGAAAUGGAAUUGCACCCCUCCACCCCCCCAUCAAAGCACUGUUGUGAGUAUUAGAAGUGCUCAACACGUGGUGGCCAACUUCAUGGGUCAUAUUACAUUUUGGCCACCAGGGGGCUCUGGGUUUCAGAUUUGCUACUCCGUGCUUCCCGGAGGGUGUGAGGCGGGGAGGAGCUUCCUGCGUGACCCCUGGGGAGAGACUUGGCGUUCUCAUUCCCCCUCCAAGUUCUGCUGGCUUGGUCGCUUGUCAGGAAUGCCGUCCCUUUGCUAUCUUCCUUCUCAAAUCCUCCAGGGGACUUCUAGAAGCCUUCCUGACUCUCUCUUCUCACCUGCCCAGCCAGGGACAUAGGGCUCUUCCCAAGUCCCAGCUCCCGGGGCCUGCCCUCAUGUGUGGCCACCCACACUCUGGUUCUUGUUCUCCCUAACUGGAAUGAGGUUUGAGGGCAGAUCUCCCGCCGCACCAGAUAACCAGCAUCAUUUAUUCAGUAUGUAUAGAAUCCCUAAUGUGUGCAGGGACAUUUCUAGACAUUGUUGAAAAAACAACAACAAACAAAACCCUCUCGCUCAGGGCUCCUGGCUGGCUUGGUCGGUGGAGCAUGCAGUUCUCAAUAUUGGGGUCGUGAAUUCGAGCCCCACAUUGGGUGUAGAGAUCACAAAAAAUAAAUAAAUAAACUUAAAAAAAAAAGUCUCACUCGUGGAGCUUCCAGUAUUGCGAGAGAGGGACACUAGACAAAUCUGGAAGCCUGAUGAAGGCUGCUAUGAAUAACAAAGCAGCGGAAGGGGAAGGGGUGUGAGGCAGGUGCUCUAUCAGUUCAGGAGGUCAGGGUUUGAGAAAGUGACUUCAACAGAGACCGAAAUAAAGCAAGGAAGGUUUCUAGCUAUGUCGGAGUAUCUCUGGUCUGAACAACACUGCCGCUGAGACCAACUGAAAAGAAAAAAUGGAUCUAUAACAAAGCAAUCUCUUUGAAGACAUCAAAGAGGUACCAAGGGGACCAGGAUCCCACAGAAUAGGCUCAUUUUUGCUGCAGGGACUCGUUUCUGCUGAGGAAUGGGCAGAAAGCAUGGGCUAAGAGGCUGGGGAUCGGAGUGGAGCUUUCAACAUUGUGAUGGGACAGGAGACAGUAUUGGAGUCCAGGACUAGUGGGUGGGGACUCGAGGGGCCAGAAUCAGGGGUGAAGGGAUGAGCAUUGAGGUCAGCCAGACACUGUGUUCAUAUGUUCUCCUGGAGGGUUUCAUGGAACCAGGGUAAUAAAUUGGAUGCUCAGGGUCUCGUACAAAAUAGAGGCCUGGUAAGCACCUGUUAGCACCCAAAUAAGGUCACAAAUUAGAAGUAAGGGUCAACUAGGGGUGCCUGUGUGGCCCAGUGAGUUAAGCCUCUGCCUUCGUCU